CAGAUAAUGCCCAACAAAGCAGCGACCAAAGGCGAGGCGUCACCACUUGGGCUUAUAAAAGCUUCUGCAACAGGCUAAGGCCAUAAGCCACUAGCUUAGGCCAGCAUACGAUUCUUCUGCUCCUUGGUUCUCUUCCUUCGCCCUGGGCUUCAUGGCACUCUGGGUGACCGUAGUCCUGGCCGUCGCCUGCCUUGGUGGUCUUGCUGCCCCAGGCCCAGUACCAAGAUCCAUGUCUCCUCCUGUGGCCCUCAGGGAGCUUAUUGAGGAGCUGAGCAACAUCACACAAGACCAGAGGGCUCCCCUGUGCAAUGGCAGCAUGGUAUGGAGCGUGGAUCUGACAAAUGGCGGGUUCUGUGCAGCCCUGGAUUCCCUGACCAACAUCUCUAGUUGCAGACCCAUCUACAAGACCCAGAGGAUAUUGAACGGGCUCUGCGUCCGAAGGGCAUCAGCUGGGGUUUCCAGUCUCCCAGAUACCAAAGUUGAAGUGGUCCAGUUUAUUGUAACACUGCUCAGCUACUCAAGGCAACUUUAUCGCCACGGCAAAUUCCCCUGAAGACAGAGAAGCAGAGACAGGCCCUGGUCAUCUCGGAUGUGGAGUCCUUUUUCUUUCUCACAUCAGACAUUUCUUGGGGAGGCAGGGAGGGGGGUUGGGAACGGAUGAGAUUGUCUUAGCCUGCACUGCCUGCCUAGUGCCAGGGGGCCCAGCCUGGCAACCUCCUCUGUCACCCAUCCCUACGCCUGGGGCCCACUUCACACAGGCCAAUUGAGGCAGAGAGCAGCUUGGGCACAUCUCUUCUUGAUCUUAUUUAUUAUGGAUUUAUGUUAUUUAAAUGAGUCUGUCAGUAUUAGGGCAGGGGAAUGGUUUGUUGCCUAUGCCCUGAGACUUGGGGACCCAGCCCUGAUGCAGUGGGCUCUGGGGUCCCUGGCAAUGAUUACUGUAUACACAAUUCUGCUACCUCACUGGGGCCUCCAGGUCUCACCUCAGGCAGGGGACAGGAGGGAAGGCCAGAGCCACGCUCCUGUCUGCCAGCCAGCAGCAACCAGCCCUCAGCCAUGAAGUAACUUAUUGUUUUAUCCUUAUAUUUAAAAUAUUAACUAGGUUAGCAAAGAAUUAAUAAUAUAUGAAAGAAUGGCCUGUUACACCUAAGGUGAUAUGUGGGGAAUGGGGUGGGGGGUGUCACUGAACAAGUUUUUUCAUUGA